AGUAGGUCGAGCAACUUAAGAUGCUGAGACUAUUACCCUAUUUGCUUGGCUUAUUAAUUUUUCCAAGUGUACAAGGAGGAAUUGUGCUCAAUUCAAAGGAUCAGUCGUUGUGUGUUCUCCAAGAUCCACCAACACAAUGCGGCUCCUUUUGCCUGGCCGCACUCAAUCCACUUUUCGUCCACUCUCGCAAUAUCCGAAAAAGGCUGGAUGAAAUCGAGGCAGGGCAGACAGCCCUUAGGGAUUCCUUUAGGAUGACCACGGCGCAAGGACAAGAGGAUCUGAAGGCCGGAAUGAAGAACCAACUGCAGGAACUGAUCACAAAAAAAGACUUCGCGAAUUCAAUUAAGGCUCUGCAGGCCAAGCUGGAUGCGGGAUUUAACAGAGUGGAGGAACUUAGGACGAUGAAAAUAACAGCCGAUGCCAACGAUGAACUUAAGAGCCAAGUUAACUCCUUAAAAGACACUAUAACAGACUUGCAGAGUCAGUUAAAAACAUCCAAAGUUAAAACCAAAAACAAAGAAGAUAUUUUAAAGGUGAAAGAGGAGCACCUUAAAAAUAGGGAUGAACAAAUCUCGGACUUUACGACUCGAAUUAAAGCGAUUGAGAAAUCAAAAUCAGAACUAUCUAGUCAGCUUUCGGAAUACCAAAUAAAACUCAGGGAGAUGGAACCAUUUAAGGUGUCAUGUGCGUCGUCUCCACCUGGUUGGACUGUAAUUCAGAGGCGCAUCGACGGAUCCGUGAACUUUCGUCGAACCUGGGAGCAAUACAAAAAUGGAUUUGGAAAUGCCAGGGGAGAAUUCUUCAUCGGGCUGGAGAAAUUGCAUCGGAUGACUGAGACACGAGCCCACGAACUCUACAUUAAACUUGGAAAGGUUGAUGGCUCCACCAGCUACGCUCAUUAUGAUGACUUUAAGAUUGGGAGUGAGGAGGAAUUGUACGAGGUGAAGAAUCUAGGGAAAUAUUCUGGUGAAGCCGGAGAUUUCCUUACAAACAAAACGAACCAAAAGUUCUCCACAUUUGAUCGGGAUAAUGACAAUUCUGAUAAAAAUUGUGCCCAUGGUUUAGGUGCAUGGUGGCACAAUAAAUGUUCAUCAAGUUAUCUCAAUGGAAAAUACUUCAAAGAUGGCAAAGGUUAUGGAGGAAUUUCUUGGGGCUCAUGGCAUAACCACGACUGGCGGAUAUCACUGACGUUCUCUGAAAUGAUGAUAAGGCCCAAGUCUCUCUGA